GCUGACAGUGAGCAGGCGCGGGCAGUCCACGGUUACCAAGGGUGACGAGUGGACGCUCAGUGAGUGAGAGAGACGUGCUGCGGCAGCCCAGUGAGUGCCGGACGGUAAGAGAUACUCCAAUAUCGGAAACCCCGGGAAUUCACUAACUGGGUGUCUGACCAAACAUGAACGAACCCGACCGAACCCAACCAAAACUGUCCGAAGCCUGAACAAAGCCGGACCGAAACUGACCAGAAACUGAACGAACCCAACCAAACCUGAACUAAACCUGAACAAAGCCUGACCAAACAUGAACGAACCCAACCGAAACUGACCGAACCUGAACAAAACCUGACCAAACAUGAACGAACCCGACCGAACCCAACCAAAACUGACCGAACCUGAACAAAGCCUGACCAAACAUGAACGAACCCGACCGAACCCAACCAAAACUGACCGAACCUGACCAAAGCCGGACCGAAACUGACCAGAAACUGAACGAACCCAACCAAACCUGAACUAAACCUGAACAAAGCCUGACCAAACAUGAACGAACCCAACCGAAACUGACCGAACCUGAACAAAACCUGACCAAACAUGAACGAACCCGACCGAACCCAACCAAAACUGACCGAACCUGAACAAAGCCUGACCAAACAUGAACGAACCCGACCGAACCCAACCAAAACUGACCGAACCUGACCAAAGCCGGACCGAAACUGACCAGAAACUGAACGAACCCAACCAAACCUGAACUAAACCUGAACAAAGCCUGACCAAACAUGAACGAACCCAACCGAAACUGACCGAACCUGAACAAAACCUGACCAAACAUGAACGAACCCGACCGAACCCAACCAAAACUGACCGAACCUGAACAAAGCCUGACCAAACAUGAACGAACCCGACCGAACCCAACCAAACCUGAACUAAACCUGAACAAAGCCGGACCGAAACUGACCAGAAACUGAACUAACCCGAUCGAACCCAACAAAACCUGACCCAAACCUGAACAAAGCCUGACCAAACAUGAACGAACCCAACCGAAACUGACCGAACCUGACCAGAAACUGACCGAUCCUGACCAGAAACUGAACAAACCUGAACGAACCCGACCGAACCUGAACAAAACCUGACCGAACCUGAACAAAACCUGACCGAACCUGCACAAAGCCUGACCAAACAUGACCGAACCUGACCAAAACUGACCGAACAUGAACAAAACCUGACAGAAACUGAACGAACCCGACCGAACCUGAACAAAGCCUGACCAAACAUGAACGAACCUGACCGAACCCAACCAAAACUGACCGAACCUGACCAAAGCCUGACCGAACAUGACCAGAAACUGAACGAACCCAACGGAACCUGAACAAAACCUGACCCAAACCUGAACAAAGCCUGACCAAACAUGAACGAACCCGACCGAACCCAACCAAAACUGACCGAACCUGACCAAAGCCUGAACAAAGCCGGACCGAAACUGACCAGAAACUGAACUAACCCGAUCGAACCCAACAAAACCUGACCCAAACCUGAACAAAGCCUGACCAAACAUGAACGAACCCAACCGAAACUGACCGAACCUGACCAGAAACUGACCGAUCCUGACCAGAAACUGAACAAACCUGAACGAACCCGACCGAACCUGAACAAAACCUGACCGAACCUGAACAAAACCUGACCGAACCUGAACAAAACCUGACCGAACCUGCACAAAGCCUGACCAAACAUGACCGAACCUGACCAAAACUGACCGAACAUGAACAAAACCUGACCGAAACUGACAGAAACUGAACGAACCCGACCGAACCUGAACAAAGCCUGACCAAACAUGAACGAACCUGACCGAACCCAACCAAAACUGACCGAACCUGACCAAAGCCUGAACAAAGCCUGACCGAACAUGACCAGAAACUGAACGAACCCAACGGAACCUGAACAAAGCCUGACCAAACAUGAACGAACCUGAACAAAACCUGACCGAACCUGACCAGAAACUGAACAAACCUGAACGAACCUGAACAAAACCUGACCAAACAUGAACGAACCCAACCGAACCCAACCGAACCUGAACAUGAACAAACCCAACUGAACCUGACCGAACCUGACCAGAAACUGAACGAACCCGACUGAACCUGACCAAAACUGACCGAACCUGAACAAAACCUGACCGAACCUGACCAGAAACUGACAGAAACUGAACAAACCUGAACAAACCCGACCGAAACUGACCGAACCUGACCAGAACCUGACCAAAACCUGACCGAACCUGACCAAAACCUGACCGAACCUGAACAAACCUGAACAGAACUUGACAGAAACGGAACGAACCUGAACAAAACUGACAAAACCUGACCGAAACGGACCGAACCUGAACAAAACUGACAACAACUGAACAAAACUGACAAAACCUGAACAAACCUGACUGAACCUGAACAAACCUGACAGAAACUGACCGCACCUGAACAAACCUGAAGAGAACCUGACCGAGCCUGACCAAAACCUGACAGAACCUGAACAAAUCUGACCGAACCUGAACCAAACCUGAACAAAACCUGACCGAACCUGAACAGAACCUGACCGAAACUGACCAAACCUGACCUAAACUGACCAAACCAAAACUGAACAAACUUGACCAAACCUGGAAUCCUGGUCUCCCAGUGUUGUUACUCCUUUGUCUGUCUCCCUUCAAGUCAGCGGUGCUACCAUAAGCUCCACCACGCAGGCUUGCUGCCUAGGUGUUCUCUUUGACUCCGAUCUCUCCUUCAAGCCUCAUGUUCAAUCUAUCGCUAAAUCCUGUAAUUUCCAUCUCAAAAACAUUGCGCGCAUCCGCCCCUACUUAACGCCAGAUGUGACUAAGGUGUUGGUCCAUUCCACUGUGCUUUCUCGCCUUGACUACUGUAAUCCGCUUCUCAGUGGUCUUACAUACUCCCAACUUGCGCCGUUACAGUCCAUAAUGAAUGCGGCGGCGAGGCUCAUCUUCCUGUCCGCCCGCACCUCCCAUGCCUCACCCUUCUGUCAGUCCCUACAUUGGCUUCCUAUAAAAUAUAGAGCUCAAUUUAAAAUUCUGGUUCUUGCUUUCAAAUCUCUACAUAAUGCUGCUCCCACCUAUCUAUCCUCCCUUAUACACAAGUAUGUCCCGUCUAGGCCCUUAUGAUCUGCUGAAGACUUACAUCUAUCUUCUGUCCGUACUCCCACCUCUGAUGCUCGCCUUCAAGAUUUCUCGAGGGCUGCACCGUUCCUGUGGAACUCCCUUCCCUCCUCCGUUAGAUACUCACCCAGUCUCCACUCCUUCAAAAAAUCGUUAAAAACCCACUUCUUCAUAAAAGCGUAUCAAUUAAACUGUUAAUAGAUCACGACUGAUUCCUCUCUUGCAACUGUCAUUAGUCUAAUACUAUCCUUACCUUUUUGUGUCAUUUUACCCCACUCCCUCUAGCAUGUAAGCUCAUUGAGCAGGGCCCUCAACCCCUCUGUUCCUGUGUGUCCAACUUGUCUGGUUACAACUACAUGUCCGUUCGUCCACCCAUUGUAAAGCAUUGCGGAAUUUGAUGGUGCUAUAUAAAAAAUAACAUAAUAAUAACACGGGUCACACCGCAGCCAAUAGAGAUCAAUAUAGCAGGAAAGCCACAUUAUAUCAAUUAAUGGAGAGCCAGUCAGAAACUAUUAUAACAUUAAUUACAAAUUAUACCGGUAGGAACAGCGGCCAGUGGGAGGUGACUGACAGAUUCCAUAUUAGAACACUGAGCGGCCAAUGGGAGGUGACUUACAGAUUCCAUAUUAGAACACUGAGAGGACAAUGGGAGGUGACUAACAGAUUCCAUAUUAGAACACUGAGAGGCCAAUGGGAGGUGACUGACAGAUUCCAUAUUGGAACACUAAGCGACCAUUGGGAGGUGACUGGAUGACAGAUUCUGUAUUAGAACACUGAGCAGCCAAUGGGAGGUGACUGGAUGACAGAUUCUGUAUUAGAACACUGAGCAGCCAAUGGGAGGUGACUGGAUGACAGAUUCUGUAUUAGAACACUGAGCAGCCAAUGGGAGGUGACUGGAUGACAGAUUCCAUAUGAGAACAUUGAGCGGCCAAUGGGAGGUGACUGGAUGAUCGAUUCCAUAUUAGAACACUGAGCGGCCAAUGGGAGGUGACUGGAUGACAGAUUCCAUAUGAGAACAUUGAGCGGCCAAUGGGAGGUGACUGGAUGAUCGAUUCCAUAUUAGAACACUGAGCGGCCAAUGGGAGGUGACUGGAUGACCGAUUCCACAUUAGAACACUGAGCGGCCAAUGGAGAUGGAACAUUUGACAGAGAUUCCAUAUUAGAGCAACGAGCAUCUAAUUAGAUGAUUACAGCAGAAUUUGAAACUAGACUGGGGAACUAGUUCUGAAAUAGAACUACAAGCAGCCAUGCUGAAGUGCUGUAGGGUUUUGGAGUGUUUCUUUUACAUAUACAAAUUCUGAGAUAUCUUACUUUUGCCAUGGUACAGCUCUGGCUCCUGUCAAUAAUUAACACUGAAAAUAUUUUUUUUUGUCCUAGUAAUGUUAAUCAUUUGUCUUAUUUUUCUGAAUGUAAUAGUAAAAUCAAGUGGGAAAAUGUGCAGAAAUUCUGAAAGAGGAAUAAAACGUGGCUAAAACAGAUUAUUUUGGCACUUUACAGAAAAGAUAAAAAAAUAAAGUCCUCAAGGUAAAGCAUCACUUUUAUGUAAGAAAAUAAUGAGUUUUCACACAUCUGCCACAACUGUGAAAGACAGAAGGAUUUGUUGCAUCUUAUUCCCUCAUGUUGUUAAUGAUAACAUACCAUAUACAAUGAUUGCCUUUAUUCUUCGUAAAAUGCAUACAUUUGAAUUAUUUGCAGAUUUUUGGCUAGAUAUGGAGAAGAAAACUUUAGACAUUCCACCUGUGUAUUCACCAAGCAUGGGAAGAGGUAAGUAAACCUUAAGUUGUCAUCGCUUCCUGUUUUAUCUUAUUCUGUGGAGAUUUGAUAAAGUUUUAUAAGUCUGAAUACUUUUGCUCUAGUGAAUGAAACUUCUUCAUCUCACGUGGGGGCACUCUAUCUAACCACUACAGCUCUGUGUAGUCCUUCUGUUUCCUAGAGUCUCUGAGUGCCAUCCUCCUGAUCGUAUGCAAACUAUUUAGAAACUGUGCCUCUCCAUUGCAUCAUGAAGUCUGUCCUUCCACUGUUAAUGAUAAUUCAGAAUUUACCCUUUGUCAUUAUUGUCAAUUUGGUUUGUCCAAUCUGGAUGGCAGCGAUUAGCUGGUAGUUCUGAGGGAAAGACCCCCCCUUUUUUAAAACAGCCAGAUAAUUAACCAGGGAAUUGCACCCAGAAACCGUUCACUGAGCUAUGUAGGUUAUGUUGCUGUGAGUGGAGUACAUUUCAUGUAGGUUCCAUAGGUUAAUGUGCUUCUGUCCCUUGAGAAUAUGCUUUUCAGAUAAAUCAUAACCCGUUACAUUCCGUCUGGGAGCUCUCACUCCAGUUUGUGGUGAAUUCUAGAAUUUAUACUGAUUCACAGAGACAUUUUUUUUUUUUUUUUUAAUCAUUAUAGAUGUUACAUAUAAUAAACAUCUGAAGAGCUCUCCCAUUCUCAUACAGGAAUCAGGCAUAUCUCUUUUCCUGGUGUCCUCCACUCUGCUGCCAGCUGUCAGUGAUUUUGCUAAAAACGUCCAUAAAUGUGUAGUAGUAAUGCCUCAGGAAUGCAUGGCAAUUUAUUAAGUGCCCCUGAUGCUGUUCUUCUUAACACCUUUUACCUCAGAGUAACUGAGAAUGGACGGAAAGUCCUGCCAUUUUAGCUAAGCAUUAUCAGUUAGCAGCACAGUCAAAUCAAAAUAAAUCUGCCUCGCCCCUAACCACCAAGGGCACAAACAAAGGCAAUGAUAUUUUCAUGACAAACUGGCUGUUCAUUCUAAAGUGUGUUUCCAUUUUAAAUCACAUCUCUUCUGAUCCAGAAGUGACCUACAUUCUUUCAUUUAUUUUGUAUUCUUGCUUUUUGUUUCGAAUCUAUUAAGUUAUAAUUUCCUUCUUCUUCUCACUUACAUUGUUUGCUGACAUUUGGUCUACCCUACUGAGGCCUAACUGAUUACAAUGGACAGUUAGUAAGAAAUCAGACAAAGUAUAAAGAGGAUGUGCAGGAGCAGGGGUGGAGUAAUGGAUGGAGCCCUGUUUUCCUGGUGGAAUGGCGAUUUCUGCUUUGCUCAAUUAUGAAUUCUCUUCCUCUCCUUUUCAGGUCACAAUGGAUUAAUGCCACCUUCCCACUUCGAGAUCCCUCGAAGGUUUCCUGCUCCCCCUCCAUCUGUGAGCAUUCCUCCACCACCUUGUCAUCCUACAGUUUAUGAACCAUGGGAAGAUCUGGCAGAGCAGUUAUCACAGCUUAGGAAAGAGAACGAGGAGUUGAAGAAGAGAUGGGUGAGGGGAGAAAGCACAAGAGCCAGGUACCUGUAGCAUAAACAGUCAGAGUAAACAGUCUUUCUCCUCCAGGACUUAUUGCUUAUUGAUGCAAAUCACAAAGAGAAUAUGCUAGAUGGCGAUACUUGUGUUCAACAUCCCAGGCCAUGGAAAUUGGUCUUUUUCCUGUGUACACGGGAAUUUGUUAUGGAUAUGUCGAAAACUAUUGGAGUACAGCCAAGGUACACUAAGGAUAGGGGGAUAACCCCUGAUGGAAAUAAAUUGCAAACAAAGAGGAAAGUGUACCUUAGGAAUAAAGAGGAGGCUAUCACUAGACAACUAAUGUAAGAAUGUAGCGUGGGAAAACCACUAAAUCAUAAAGUAAAAAAUAAAAUAACAAAUGACUUUAUUAAAUAUACUUGUUUAAAAACACAAAAGAAAAAAUAUAGUAAUGAAAAGAAUGGAUCCUACGAUAUGUAAUUAAAACCAGCCAAAAAGGUGCCACAUGAUAAUUUCAAUUAAACACUGAUGUCUCAAAAAUAUGUAAAUAUUGCACCCAGCACACAUCUGUGCUCAAUGAAAAAGGGAGGCAAAGGGGAGAAAUGGUCAAACUAUGUAAUGGCCCAUAAAAAAGACCACCACUCUAAAUCAAUAUGCUGGAAAUAACUGACAAGUGGAUAAAAUUGUCAGAAAAUUGUAGCACUGCUAACUGUAUAACUGACUAGUGGAUAGAAUUAUCAGAUAAUUGUAGAACUGAUUGCUGUAGAAGUCACUGCUUAUAUAUAUAUAUACUCAAACUGCUACAAGGAUACUGAGUACUAAGUUGCAACAAAUGUGGCACUCUCCCCAUCAAUGUCUGCAGCCCGUGAGGUAGAGAAAAAGAGACUAAAUUGCCAUUCGGAAAACAUACAUCUGGGUGCAAAAAUAGUAAGCAGAGACAGAGAGAGGAUGCUAAUACUUCAUACUAAAACUCCCCAUGUGCCUUCAUGGGCACCUAAAGCUAGCGCCCGCUAAAGGUAGCCUAACAGGACAUCAGAAAAAGAAAAAGAUUAGAAGUAGUUAUUAAAUAUAAUAAAUAAAUGGCGGUUGAAUAGCGCCAGGAGUCCCCUGACGCGCGCGUUUUGCCAAAGCUCGUCAGAGGCAAAACGCGCGUGUCAGUUAGCAGUGCUACAAUUUUCUGAAAAUUUUAUCCACUAGUCAGUUAUUUCCAGCAUAUUGAUUUAGAGGAGUGGUCUUUUUUAUGGGUCAUUACAUAGUUUGACCCUUUCUCCCCUUUGCCUCCCUUUUUCACUGAGCACUGGGUGCAAUAUUUACAUAUUUUUGAGACAUCAGUGUUUAAUUGAAAUUAUCAUGUGGCACCUUUUUGGCUGGUUUUAAUUACAUAUCGUAGGAUCCAUUCUUUUCAUUACUAUAUUUUUUUCUUUUGUGUUUUUAAACAAGUAUAUCUAAUAAAGUCAUUUGUUAUUUUAGUUUUUACUUUAUGAUUUAGUGGUUUUCUUACGCUACAUUCUUACAUUAGUUGUCUAGUGAUAGCCUCCUCUUUAUUCCUAAGGUACACUUUCCUCUUUGUUUGCAAUUUGUUAUGGAUAUGUCUUUUAUUAAAUAUGAGGCAUCUAAAACCAUGUUACUUUAGGGUCUAGCAAAACCUCCUACUAGGAUUGAGACAUCUGUCUUUCAAAUGCAUGAAAAAAUGUGAUCCAUGUCUGAUGCCGUCUGACAGGAGUGCAGAGACUUCUUAGACUCUAGGAUCGUCUGCACUCACAACUGAGAGCACCAUCACCCUUUAAAAACAUAAAUAAUUCCAGCUUCAAGAAUGGUUAACUGUUCUAAAGAAGGAUAGGGCACAUGAAGCAUCCAGAUUGCAUUAGUUCUUUUCUUUGACUUGAACACAGAUAUUUGGAAGUCUCAGAUCUGUCUACGUUCCCUAUAGUGUGGGAGAUACCAUGGUGUUGGGAAGCAGCGGAUGAAAAGUGAUCACAAUCUCUAGCUAUGUCUAUGGACUCUGCACACACAAAACUCUGGUCUUCGACUAGGACACAGCCUGCAGACACUCCUGUUUUACCUAUCUACUACCAGUUCCAAUUGUCUAAUCAUGCUUUAUUGACAAUGUUUCCAGUAGGAAUUGGCAGGGUGUUUACUUGUUAUUAAAAUUGGGAAUAACAGGGGACACAAAUCUGUGUUUUGUAUGAUUGUUAUCUUUAGACAAUCAUGGCACCUUCAGUAUGGUCAGCAUUUCCUUUACCAAGUGCUGUGUAAGAAUUACACACAUAUUGGCAUUGGUGUUCUGACUUCCUAUGGAGUAUACAUUCUUAUACAUUCAGUGAUGGGUUACAUUAUCACUAGUUUUUUCUUUAUUGGUAAAGUGAAAAAAAUAAACCUCUAUAAUUGCAUAUAUGGAGAUAUAUAUUCUCAGUGACUGAGGCUAGCUAUUCCUAAAGGGAACUUUCUAAAACAGGUCACUGGACCGUCACCAACCGCAGGCAGAGUUGCAGGCCUUGGAAAUCAUUUCCCAACAAAUGCAGGAGAUCCGUCGGCUAGAGCUGGCAGUGUCAGAUAUUCACGAGAAAGAAGAGAAGCUGGUAAAGCUAACGCAGGAAGUCCAGGAACUGAAGCAGGCUUUGAGAGAGAGCAAGGAAGAAGAGGAGAGGAGAAGGCUGGCAGAAGACCUAGCUACAAGGAAGUACCAGGAGGAGGUAUGUGGUAGAGCUUCCACUUCAAGAUGUGUCUGAUAUGUACAUAAGCCACUGAGUGACUGUCACUUACUGCACUGUUUUGUGGUUCUGUAUGUGGAAUAGAGACCAGCACAGCAAUUUUCAGAGACUUGGGUCAAAAACCCAGUAUAUAGAAUGAUGCUCUUUCACCCGAUGGUGGAAUUGUAUACGUUUCAUUGUAUGCAUGUUGUGGUGCAUUGAUUUAAAAGAAAAUAUCCUAGCCUUGUGAAUUAACUAAGAAUGUUUGUAGUAAAUAUAUAAAUUAUAUUUUAGUUGGAAUGUUUAUAUUGAACAGCAAGAUAGGCUAUGGUGUGCCUCUGUUGUAUAAUGUCACUGGAAACAGUUGAAAGACUUUUAAAGUUAUAUAUUAGUUGAUUCUAUAUUGUGGGAAAAAAUCACCAGGGAUGAUCUGGCCACAGAAUAUUUUAUUGUGAAUUCAAGUCCAAAUAUUACUGUAUAUGUAUCACUUCCUUUGGCAGCUCUGAUUUUGUACUCUCAGCUUUCAGUAAUGUCAGAGAACCACAAGAUGGAGUCAUCAACCCUAAAGCGCCAAGUACAGAUGUUGGAGCUGGAACUAAAAGAGUCACACCAGAAGCAGGAACAGGAAGUGAUAUGCCUGAGACAGGACUUACAAAUGGCCAAUCAAGAGAGAGAGUGCCUGGCAGAGCAGCUAAGGUAUAAGAUACAAGUGGAAUAAGAAUAACACUGCCCUCCAAUACAUAGUGGAGAUAAUGAGCUUGUUUUAACUGGGAAUGGGCAGGUGUAAUGUUGUGCAAAGUUAAAAAACUUAACAUAAAAAUGUUGAUUAGGUGCUUAUGCAAUAUACCAUGCUGAUUAGUGGAAGUUGACAAAUGUACCUCGUCUGUUAUAAAAAAAAAACACAAAGUGUUUGAACCUUGUGUCGACAGUCCUGGCACUUGACACUGAUAUCACCGAUAUUCCUGAAAUCCAAAACUAUUAUCUUUGAAAAUAAAGACAUAUUCAGGACUAACUGCCAUUCUUUGCUCCACAGUCGCUGUCACCUGCAGCUAGAAUCCCAGAAUGCCUUGGUGCAGCAACUUAGAACGUACAUCGGGGAACUGGUUCCAGAUAACAGACGGUUGGAGGAACAGAAGAGAGAGAGGGCGGAGCUUCGGAACACUAUACAGGUGAGGGAAUUCUUCAUAUAUUUUUUCUAUGUUGUUUUUAGAAACUGGUGAUUAUUGUAGAAGGUGGUGUCCACUUCUUACCUCGCUGCCAGUUAGUCCUUGGAAUCUCAGGAGACAGCAGAGAGCUGUGGGUAUAAGGAAGGGGCACCAGAGAAAUUAGACUGUUUUAUAGAAGUUUUUAAAAUGUGAAUGGAAUGCAUAUAGUUAAAGUGAAAUAUUGUCAUUUAGUAUUUUAAUGAAUUACAUUUUAACCUAUAUUUACGUAAGAUUGUAUGUAUUUAUGUUCCUUUUCAGAUUCUGGAGAAGGAGAGGGAGACUCUGCAGACAUCAGUUUCUCUCCUGCACACCCGCUUGUCGUCCCUCACAAACAUCCUGUCCCUACAGGAAACAGAGCUAUGUAAAAAGGUAAAUCCAAGUAAUCCCCGAUUACUGAAUACACAUUCUUAAACAAAGAGGGUAUUGAUCACUUAUAAAAAUGCUUAACUAAAGAGUAAAGUUUGGCUAUCAAAAUUCUUAUUAAUACAUAAUUGUUGUUAAUGGUAAUAUUCGUAUUAUUUUACAUGCACUAUUUGAUACAGAUAAGCUCUGUAACAUAUAACCGAUAUGAUACAAUGAUACAAGCAAAGACAUAGCUAACAUCUACACCAGGGCCGGCCAAAUGGUAGACCACCAAUCCAGUGACAUUAAAUUAUUAGAUUUGUACUGCUUGUCCUGACUUAAAAUCUAAAAUGGUAAUUUAUUCUUUCAAAGGAAGAGAUCAUUAAAAUACAGUGGGGAAUGAUGUCUUCUGGAUGUUGGAUAAUCUGGUAUAAAUAUGGUCUCUUUAGGAAAUCCAUGGAGAUAGAGAGAAGACCCAGCUUUUGUUGUCACGGUGGAGGGAGAAGGUUUUCUCUCUGAUGGUGCAGAUGAAAUCGGAGGAUAUCAACAGGACUAAUGACAGAGACAAGAUCAGGGAGAAGGUGAGUCAGGAAGUAUGAGUGGCAACAAGGGUGGACUGAUUAGAGAUGAUUGGAACAUGAGAAAAGAGGAUGUUGGAGGUAGAGGAGAAGAGGGAAAGCUCGCGGGUGAGAACGAGAUUAGAAUUCAAAAUUAUUUGGUGGAAACAGAACCUGGCUCCUUGCACAAUUGCUUAUAUUUUAUGAAGCUGCAAGCCUGCUUCUUUUUUGCUAUAUGUGUAAUUUCUCACACAGUGACCGGCUCUGAUAUUGUCUAAGCUGUGCCCAUACAUGUUCGGACAGCUCAUGUGAAUAGUGUGCACAUAUGUCAUUUACAAAACAAUGAAUGUGGCGGCUGGCAAACUGCUAGCAAUCAUACAUUGGAUGCUAUCAUCUAGUGAAUGAAACCACUGCUGGGGGCUCCACUACAUUUUCACAAAUCUCUGCUGGAUCAGUCCUCAUAGACCAGAAUGAGAGGCUUCUGAUGUACAGAGCCACUUCCUGUGAUCUGUGCAGAAAUCACUGCUGUUGCUGCUUGCCUUGUGGAUUCACAUGAGCUUCUUUCUUUAAUGCUUUUUUUAUAUCAUACAAUAACCUUGAGCACUUCUAGGGAGAAGGAAAAAAAAAAAAAAAAGAAUGGAAAAGGGUCAGUAAAUAUGAGAGAAUGAAAAAUGGAUAUGCUGAUAUCCAAGAUUGAUAGGGGAACUAGCAGAAAGCGAGAGAAGAAAUGGAAUGGGAACCAAAGAUAAGGAUGUGAACAGUAGAAAGGAAGUAAUGAGGAGAGAUACAGUGGGACAGGACCUAACAAAGAGCAAGUACAGAGGGGAUUGUGAAACGUUUAAAUGACAGGCUGUAAGGAAAAGGGCAAAUGGAAAGCAGACAAGAAAAAAGGAAGAGAAUGCAAGGCAAAUCCGUGCAAAAACUCAUUUUAAGCCAUUCGUCCGAAUAAAAUGCCUAAACGUUAUGAAUGAACCGAAUUUAGUAAUCCAUUCAUUCAACAUUAAGCCAUUUUAUUUGGACACAGGCCUUUUUACAAUGAAUUUUUGCACAUGUCUAACACAAAGCUGAUGAAGUGUGUAGUGAAUAGUGCUGUAAUUCAUCUGGUAAAGGUUGCAUUGUUGUUUUUGUGUUCCUUUAUUUUGUCUUAUCUCAGUAUUUUCCUCCCUGAGUCAGAUCUCCUUGUUGGAAAAUUCCUUGGAAGAGAGUAAUCAGCAGCAGAUCCUUUUAUCUCACUCCUUGCAAGACCGAACAGCUGAACUAGAAAUGGAGCGGGUUCAUAGCAAGGUGACAAUCAUCAGAGCACACAGAACCACAAUGCCUCCCACGCCAUUAAUGUGGAACUCUGUGAUAUGUAUGAGUGUAUGAUCUGUAAUAUAAAGCUUGACCACUUGAGGUCACUGUAAUGUCUUCAACAAUAAUACACAUGGUCCUCAUUAAAGAGACAUUCUGUUUGUAUGUAUAUAUGUGUGUGUGUAUGUAUGUAUGUAUGUAUGUAUGUGUAUAUAUAUAUAUAUAUAUAUAUAUAUAUAUAUAUAUAUAUAUAUCCAAAUAGGUUUUAGUGGGGUAAAAUUGUGAUUGAAAACCCCUUCCACCUGAAGUCUGUGGAUAGUUAAUACAAUGUUAAACAAAAAUCUGCACACCAGUCAAGCCCAGGGACGUAUUAGCCGCGAGGCUAACAAGGCAUUUGCCUUGGGCGGCAUUUUUCAGGGGGUGGCAAAAAACGCCGCCCCCAAAUGCCCAGGCAAAUGCCUUGUUAGCCUUGCGGCUAACUGACCGGCCGGGCGCUGGGCUGGCGGGCGGCGCUGGCAGGCGGCUGGCGAGGGAGCUCUUCCUCUGAGCUGUCUGCUCAGCUCCCUCGCGCGCCGCAGAGUGAGGCUGGGAGCCGGAAUAUGACGUCAUCGACGUCAUCGAGCUGAGCAGACCGCUCAGGGGAAGAGCUCCCUCGCCAGCCGCCUGCCCAGCCCAGCCGGCAACCACUGGACCACCAGGGAGGUAAUGAACCCCUCCCCCCGCAGCACUCCCAAAGGUAAGGAGGUGAGGGGGGGGAGGUAAAUAAAAAAAAUAAAAAAAGUGUUAAUGUGAGUGAGUGAGUGUGUGUCUGUUAAUGUGUGUGUUUUGUGAGUGUGUGUCUAUUAGUGUGUGUCUGACUGUGUGUUUGCCUGUGAGUGUGUGUGUCUGACUGUGUGUCUGUUAGUGUGUGUGCGUCUGUUAGUGUGUGUGUGUAUUUGCCUGUGAGUGUGUGUGUGUCAGUGAGUGUGUGUCUGUUAAUGUGUGUGUUUGUUAGUAUGUGUGUGUAUCUGCUAGUGAGUGAGUGUGUGUCUGACUGUGUUUGUCUGUUAGUGUGUAUGUGUGUGUCUGACUGUGUGUCUGACUGUGUGAGUGUGUUUGCCUGUGAGUGUGUGUCUGUUAGUGUGUGUGUUUCUGUUAGCGAGUGUAUGCGUAUCUGUCAGUGAAUGUAUGUGUGUGUAUUUAGAAGGCGGGUUGGGAGGGGGUUGCGCGGGGGGGGAGCACAAAACCAGGAUACACCACUGGUCAAGCCAUAAGACUUGCUUUUCCCACAGAAAUCCCAAAUCUGCAGUGAUGUUACAACCGCAAAGGGUUCUGGGUGGGCAUAUGCAAAUUAGUUUAACAAAGAAUCACAUUUUUGCCUCAUUCCAUUUUAAACAUGGAUUCCUUUUAAUCUGUGCAGUAUACAACCAUUUAGGAAAAGAUGCAAAGCCAGUGAACCACUUAUGGACAGCUGUUUCAUUGUUAAUGCAACUCAUCAGCAUGAGGUUGGUUACUGGUUUGCUUAUUGAGGCUUGGUAAAGCAAGAAAGCAAGUCUUAUGGCUUGACUGGUGUGCAGAUUUUUGUUUAACAUUGUAUUAACUAUAUAUAUAUAUUAUAUAUAUAUAUAUAUAUUUAUUUAUUUUUCAUUAGAUAUAUCACCACCCCGCCCUAAGCAUACAUUUUAGGGUUUUUUUAGACACUUUUUUUUCUCUUGAAAUCAACAAUUUUAGAAAAUUGCCUGCAGGGGCAAUCAAAGUAAUUCUUUAGUGAAAAUAUCUGAAUUUUAAAUCACACAAAACCUGUUACUCUCACUAGUUACGGUGUGAAUAUAAAUAAACCUAGCAAGUUAUCUCAAAUUUAUUAGAAAAUAUAAUUAAAACUGUUUAGCAUAUAGGUCAUUAAAAUGACCUAAUACAAUAUUAGAAACUUGUAGAAUUCCUUUAUUUAAUCAGAGUUUUUUUUUUUUUCAAUCUAUUGAAUUAACCAAACGUCUAAAAGGUUUAACGCAGGAAGAAACACAGCCGUGAGAACUGUCUGUGUCACUCGCUGCACAGCACUGAGCAUGCUAAUAUAGACAUUGUCACUAGUCAUACUCCAAAUCAAGGGCUAGCAAGGCAAAGAGUCACACAAUGACACUGCUCCUCCUUCAAAAACACUAUUUCUUCUUGUUUUAUAUACAACCCUCUACCUCCCUAAUGCUUGGUUUAAGCCUUUGUGACAAAAUCAGCACUUAAAGGCUGUCUUUUAAAAUCAGUCAUGGCUCCUAUGGCCGGAUUGGUCAGGGGACACCAAACUGAAAUGAAUGAAUUGAUUAGUUCAGGUUGUCAUUUGGAUUGUUCAAGCCAUUAUUAUUAGGUGUUUUUUUUUGGGGUUUUUUUUUGUAAUGUCUUAGAUCUGCGAUUAGGCAUUUUAAAAGUCGAAUAAAAUAUUUUAGUCUCUUUAUGACUUUGUACCAUGUGGGGAUUUUAAUAAGCAACAUGUUGUAAACCGAAGUGAAAAUGGAGGCAAAAAAAGAUUAUCUGACUCUAUUAACCCAGAGCUUUGUUUUCUAGUCUCUGCAGGCUGAACUAUCUGCAACACAAGUUAAUUCUGACGUUCUGCGAAUCAGAGUGGACAAAGCAGAUCAGGUAGUUCUGCAGCUGAAAGCAAUGAUUGACAGGUACGAUUACCAUUUUUUUAAUUAAAUGAUCGAAACGGUUUCAGAAUGGGAAAAUUGUGCUAAACCACGAAAGAAAGGGAGAAACUGUCAAUGUGAUUUCAGUUCAUUGUUAUUUCCAUCAUUAAUUUAACUUAGACUUGGUUUUUGGUCAUUGCUUAUUGUAUAAUAUAGAAUGUAAUAAAAUCUAAACCUACUUUUAAAUCCUCCUGUUAUCAGGCUGCUCGUGGCUGUGUGUCUCUGAUGGCCUAAAGUGUGUCACUGUCACUAUGUCUUCUUGCUGCUUUCAGCCCCCGUCAGGCUGGCUCAUAUCACAAUCUAAUAGCUCUGCCCACAUGGAGAAUGACUCUAUAAUACUGCUAAAUACUUACUUAGAGCAGAGUUGUGUGAAAGACUGUACUGUGACAAUUUCUAUUUGCUAUGCUGGUAGGUUUAAUGUGUUAAACAUUGUUUUUAGAAAUCAAGGUAACUUUCUUUUCUUUUUUUUGUUUUGUUUUUCUUCUUAGAUUCGUUGAAGUGAUGGCAGCUCAGGAGGGGUUGCUAAAAACGGCUCUUUCAAGACUGGUGACUUUGGGGCAGAGGGUUUCAUUUGCUGCUAAGAGAGUAGACGCUACACAGGGUGGGAUACUUACAUGUGUAUAUGUGUUUCCCUUAUUAUGCUCCUUUUCUAAAACAAAGAUUAAAAUGAAUUGAUAAUAGAAAAUGAUAAGCACACGUCUUAAUUUAAUGGCCAUGAAGGAUAGUGCAUUCCAGGGUACAGAAAUAAGCCAAGGUGGUGCCUUAAAAACAACAGAGUAUAUUCACUUAACUACGAAUUGCAGAUCAUUUGCAGAGGACUUUCACAUUUUUGGAGUGUGGAGUUCUAUUUUUCUUCAAUUCUACAACAUAUUUUUCCAGCUUCCCAGCUUGGGCCUAGUCAGUUCUUCACAAGAUUCCCAGUGUGAAUAAAUCCCAAAUUGAAGCUUAUCUCUAGUGCAUCUUUAACAGAACCAAGCCUGUAAUCAUUUUAUUUUUUGAUUCUUCCCUGAAAGUUUGUAGACAAACACGUUUCAUUAGUAUAGUAAUAUAAAUAAAUCUCCUGCUGGUGUCACAGUGGCGUUCAAUGAGUGGAUGAGAUAUAUAAGCAAAUUCUGUGAGAUAAGUUUAAUUCAUUGAAACGUGGUGCUGGGUUGCUGAACAAAGAGCUUACAAUUUACACAAAUAAAGUAUAUGAUGUGCAAUGUGUCUGUUGUUCUCUAGUAGUAAGUAUAUCAAUCUCCAUCUCAGGUCUCGUAGCUCAGAAACUCGCCCUGGGGAAGCUGGAACAGGAACGAGAUGUCAAAGCCAAAGAUGCAGCCACUGAGAGUGACAUGUGAGUUGCCUAUAAUCACAUUAUGGGGAAUCAGUAAGUAGGAGCAGACAGUAAACAGAAUUUCAAAUUUAAGGCUAAAAUUGCUGAACUGCAGGCACAUAGCUGAAUUGGAUCAUUUUUCUAGUUUGGCUAUUUCAACCUUAAAUUUAAAUUUCUCUUUGUGUUCCCACUUUAGUAAAUAACCUGGACAGAUAUUGUAGUAAUACGAGAGAGUGCAACAAAGACACUACAAGCAGUCUCCGAGUACAUGUUUACAUUAUAAACCAGAAGCAGUCUAGAGGAAAGUAACAAAAAUACAAAAUUUCAGUCUUCCAUCCUCAAACUCCAUAUUAUGUCCCUUUUAUCAGAAUUUCUCUUUUGAUAGUUUCUUUUUCUCCCCACUUUAUUUAAUGUGUUAGUGGUUAAAUCACAGUCAUUCAGUGAACACAAAGAGGAAGUGGAUAAUGCUAAAUCAGCUGUUGCACUGUGGAAAAAGAAUAGCUUUAGAUCACAGAGAAGCUAAAUGGAGCAAGAAAUAGAUACUCUGCAUGGUAACAGUGAGCCAAAUACCCAGGAUUCCAUGGUGUAAUACUUACUGAAUGUGUAAUGAAGCUAACUGAAACUCACAGACUAGAGGUUAUUAACUGUGUGCUAACGUAUAGCUCCACUAAUAUAAAUGUCAAAGGACUCUACUAGGAGACUGCUAACUGAACAAAUAGGGGAUUUAGACUAAUUAUCAUGUUAUUUUCUGCAGCUGAUGUGGGAAUUGCAAAUUUGGGCUAACAAAGCAGAGCUGGUAAAAUCUCUGUUUUGUUGUGUUUUUCCAUUUUAUGAUAUUGUGACCUAAGAUUUUAAAUUCCCUGCUCAAAUCUUUACAUUUUCAUCAUUUCUAUGCUGUUAGAGGAAAUGUACCAGUGCUAAUAUUCCAAAAAUGACACUCUGAUCUAGAAUAUUCUAUAAAUAUGUAAAGCUGCUAUAACACCUAGAUCUUAUCUUUUGAAAUAGGAACUGGAAACUUUGGAUAGGUGAAGCGCUAUAUCAAGAUAAUAAUAAGGGUGGAGAUUUUUAAGAAAAAAAAAAAAAAGGAUAUAUAAGACAAUACCUCAAGUGUUCUUAAGUCUAUCUUCCCAGUACUGAAUUUAGUUUCUAUAAAACAUAAAAAACAAACCAAACAUAGUGUAGACUGUAUUAUAUAUUCAAAUGUAACAAGAAAAGGAUAAAUUCCCACUCACACUUUUAAGAGCUAAUGUAUAAUAGCUCAAUAAUAGCGCUCUUGGGGUCCGUAAAGGCGACCCUCACCCUUCUUGUAUGUGGAUGCUUCUAUGCUGUUAGAGUAUAGAUUCGUGCGGCCUUUGGAUUUAAUCACACUGGGAACUGUGCAGAAUUUAAAAGUAAAUUGUGAAUUCUGUACAAAUGUGCUGAGGAACAAUUCUCCAAUUUUAUUAUGCAAUUUCCUUAAUUCUCCACAAUUACCAGGUUAAUGAAGAAAUCUGAUCAUUUUUAUGUCUAUUUCUUUGUCAGAUGUCGUCCCUCCUAUGAGAACCUGCAGCAGGAGGUGAAGUUUUUACAUGAUGAAAGAGACCGUCUGAGUUUAGAACUAAAACGCAGUGCUCUGCUGAUCGAGGGGAAAGUGAAAGAGACUAGAGAAAGAGGUAAGGGGCGAGCCACUAAGAUCCAACCCAAAGAAUACAGGUUGAAGUCUGUCCCUCUGUCUGCAGGGCGAUACACCACCCAGUAAGUAAAAUAGUUCCCUUCAGGAAGACAAUGUGAGAAAGAGGGCAGCUAUGUGGUGCCUAGCCCCCUGUAUGGUGACACACAGUAAGUGUUGGGAUUCUCUGCCAAAUGGUGUCAGAUAAAAAAGCAUCUUCGUUAUUCUGCUACCACGUUUAGAGUACAUCGUAUUGUUGCCCAUAAAGAAGCCUCAGUAAGGUUUAUCGUUCUGUUUGUCACGCUGGCCAUCUUUCUGAUGUUUUGGAAGGUCAUGUUGGUUUAGCUUUUUUUUUUUUUUUAGCGGAGGCAGAAUUAGCAGAAUGGCAGCACACUGCGUCCAAUUUACGGCAGUCUCUCCGUGAGGCAGAGCAGAUAGAACACGAGCUGAAAGAGAAAAUGAAAGAGACCGAGACGAGACUUCAGGAGACCUGUGAGAUUGAGGCCCAGCUCCAGGAACAAUUGCAUGUACAAAAGACGGCGUAUGAGACAGGUACGGGAGCCCUCUAUAAACCUGCAGUGGAGGAGGUACUUUUCUAGGCCUGGGAUUUAUGCAGAGAUAUUCUAGGGGAGCGACAAAUCGGGGUACAAGUGUUGUGAGUAAUUUUAAAUGCACUCUUUGACCUUGCUGUGUGAAUGGUGAUAGCAUUGACUGAAUGUCUUCCCUCUCAGAAAUGCAACGUAAAGUGAGUGAGGCGGAAGAGAAAAUGACACAGCAGCUGGCUCAGAUGGAGAAGCAUCUACACGAGGCGAGAAGAGAGCACACGAAAGCAGGUAAACUCACUAGAAGACAUUAUAGAAAAGGGUCGCUGAAACAAGUGUAAGACAAUUAUGUAAAUAUAUGUUACGCAAAAUAAUGAACCACAUCUCUCUGCACAGGAACCUUUGAUUUGGUCUCUGGUUUACAUUUCAUUUGUUUUGCGGAGGUUCUCACAUUAAUGCAGAAAGUUUGAGAAAGCACGGAUUUUAUUUCUCGUUGUUUUUAUUACUUUGUUGCAUUUUGUUUAUUUAAUAAACAAACCGUGUCCCCGUAGUGGUUGCUCUCCGUCAAUCAGAACGUCAGAUGCAGAGAGAGAAAGCUCGGACCCAGGAGACUUUGCACACAAUGGAAGAAGCUGCAUGUCUGCGGGAAAAACAGCUGAGUCGGCAGCUAUGGGAAGCUGAAAGGGACAAAAACCUUAUGAUUGUAUGCUUGUCAUUUCUAUAUACAGUUUAUUAGGUCCGAGCAGGCAUGGGGGGACCGACAAGUGAAAAAAUUAACUCCAUUUAUAUACUGUCUCUAACCAUCCCUAUAGGCCACGUUGAGACAAGAGGGCUUAUUAACCACGUACCAGAAGAACAGGUCGUCUGCUAUUAAGUCUAUAAGGAAUGAAAAGGAACAAUCCGGAUCAGAUUAUCAGACUCUAGGACCCAGGCCAGGUCCUUCUUCCAGAGGUCGGUAUUUUUAUUUUGCUAACUUAGAGCAAAGUACAGGUUUUUUGUUUUUAUACUAAAUAUACAAAUCAUGAAUGUCUGUGUACGUCAAUUGUGAUCCAUGCCACCAAGGAGACGCAUCUGAAUGAACAUUGUAUAUAGCAUAGGUUUCAAUAAAGGCCAGAAGUUAGUCACUGGCAUAGAUCACCCAUGGUGGCAAUACAUGACCUUUGUGUUUUGUUUUUAAUUUUAUGCCUUUUUUUUUUUUUUUUUUAAACUAAAUUGAGUGUCCUUAGAUGCUGCUACAAAACGAUUUAUAAUGAAUUGUAAAAUCCGCCAUCUGCCUAUCUCUUUAACUAGAAUCCAUUUCGGCAAUGCUGGCCAAUCUUCAGAGUCUUGGAGAUACACUACUGACUGAGGAAGAGGAGGCAGACGAUGAGGAACAUGUUAAUCCACAGACAAAAUAAAGGCUAGUUUUAACAUCCACUUAGUGGAGUAGUUGCCACAGUCAGGCAAAAGGAGGCACAAGUCAAGGUCCCCACACAGGACAAAACCUUUAAAACUUUGCAGAGUGCCUUAAUGCCUGAGGGAGUGUUUAGACAAAGCCUGGCACUUUUCAGUGACUCAGUACGCAUAUAGCUUGGCAUUUCACCUGAUGCUAUACCGGGCUGGCAAAGCAUGCCUGUAUCAGGACAUGCUAAAGAUAAAUGUAUGAACUAUCACAUUUGAGGAUCACAAAACAUGAAAAAUAACUUUUGCUUCUUGUGUUGGCAUUUGAAAAACAUUCUCCUGUGCCUGACUUGUAGCUGGACACCUCCCAGCCAUGCCAUUGCUGAGUAAGGAAUCCCUGUUUGCACAUGAAUUCAGUACAGAACUUGUAAUAGAUGUGAGAAUUUUGAGCAGAUCAGAUCCUCCAUCUGUUGCUAGACUGAGAUUGUAACGGAGGUGUGGUACUAGCAUGUAUCUGUAAGUACAUGAGGUUUCUAAAUGUAUUAAGUAAUGUCACAUGGAAUUUACCAGAACUACAAAUGUUUAUUUUAUGUGAAAAAUAAAUUAUUCACAAACUGUUUCUUCUACGUAAACAUUAACCUAUUUAGUGGAGUUAUCGAUUGCAGGUAAAACCCCUUCAGUGACUUAGCUGUAUCCAGCGCUAAUGUCCCUCGGCGCUGGUUCAGGGUCCAUCCACGCUCCUCCCCUGCUGACGUCUGAGACCUAUUGCGCAUGCGUGGCCGGCGGCGAUGGGAUACCUAAUGCGCAUGCGCGGAAUUAGACCUCCCCAUAGGAAAGCAUUGAAACAUGCUUUCCUAUGGAGAUUUCAGCGACGCUGGAGGUCCUCACAUAGCGUGAGGACGUCCAGCGACACACGAAAUGUGUGCUAUAAACUCGGAAGUGCCCUCUAGUGGCUGUCUACUAGACAGCCACUAGAGGAGGAGUUAACCCUGCAAGGUAAUUAUUGCAGUUUAUGAAAACUGCAAUAAUUACACUUGCGGGGUUAAGGGUAGUGGCGGUUGGCAACCAGACCACUCGAAUGGGCAGAAGUGGUCUGGGUGCCUGGAGUGUCCCUUUAACUACAUAUCUGCUAACUUAAAAUCUAUUUGCCUGAUGACUUAAAAAGACAGCCAAGAAUGAUGUAUUUUAGGUUUAAAAAAAACGAAGUUUGGAGGAUUGUGGUUUUACAGAAUAUUAUUUCGGACCAAUCACACAAGAUUGUGUGGAUUCCUGGGAUUUCCAGUUUUUUAGUGAGCUCUGUUCACUUAAGGCAGGAGAUUCUCUUUCUGUUUAGUGGAUUCUGGGAAAGAUUAUUCUACAUUACCUCCCCACAGCUGCUAACUGACCAUUCUAUUCAUAAAACUGGCAAAUAAUAUACAAAUAUCUGGAUGGACAGGAUAAUGUAACUCACAGCUUAUCAGAGGGGCCAAAAGCUUUGGCAAUGCUCCAGGUUUUGUUCAGCAAACCGUAACCACUACAGUAAGUUGUAAUAUAAUGUUAAAGUGACCCUUUCAUGUAAACAAGUGCUGGCAUGUUCUUAAGCUUAGGUAUAGCUUGAAUUUUACAAAUUCACAGGUUGUGGUCCAAUAUAAAUUUAAAAACAUAUAUUUCCUUUUGCGACAACCAUUUGAUCUAACCAAUAUGAGAUACAAAUGUAGUAAUUUUAACACAGAUUAAGUAUUUUAAGUCCACUUAUUAAUGACAAUAGGAACAUUUCUAAGGCAAAGUACUUUCAGCAUGGAAACUAAUAUAUCUACCAUGUGCUUCUCCAAUCACACUUUGACCCAGAUCGGCUCCUGAAUUCAGCUAAGCAGCUCUAUAUGUGGAAUGGACAACUGCACAGCUGUAAUUGGCCAUAUUGUAACAAGAUACUGGUCAGUUCACUGCCACUUCCUGUGUAAACCCUUUGUUUUUAUUAUUUUACAGCUCAUUGAUGUCAGAGUGGGUCAGGGCAGGCUUCCUUGCUAAUCCUGUAUUGUGUGAUCUGUGUAUAAAUGCAUUAAAAGGUGCUUACUGAAGGUCUUGGAUACUUGGCGAGCACAACGUAGCAUUAAUCUGAAAAUAACACAUUAAUAAAACCAUUUCUUCAAGGGUUUUUAGCAUGUCUAAACCUUCAUCUGUCACAGGGUUUUCUCUGUCUGUUUAUAUAAGUUCUUGGUUGAAGCACGCUCACACAAUUCACUAAAUAGAAAU